AAAAGAUGUAAUCAUAAAUAAUUUUACGUUAAUUCGAAUUUUGCUCGAAUUUUUGUUACUUAAUUAUGUCAAUUAAUGUAACUGUUACUGGAAAUCCAGUUGCUGUAAGACGGGGACAAAUGUUUAUGUCCGAAAUCGAUAAUUUUAAGAAGAAAGAAACUUUACGACGACGAAAAGCUAGAUUAGAACAGGUGCGACAGCAAUCAAAGGAUCUAGCAUCGAAUCUACGUGAAAAAAAUAAAAUUCAUACAUCAAAUUUAUUAUCAAAUUUGGAAAAACAACAAGCGCAGACAAUACAAAAAUUAACAGCGAAAAAGCUACUCAACUUACAUCAACAAUACGACGAAUGUUUAGGAAAUAUAGGCGAAGCUCAUCGAUUAGCAGCAGAGGAAGGAUCACCUUCACGAUAUUUAGAUAAAAAACGAAAACAAAAUUUUAAAAAAUGUAACGAACGUGGUAAAAAAGCUUUAAAAAAGCUCCAUGAAGAUAUACAAUCGAACGAGGAGCUUACACAAAAAUCAAAAAAUCGGAAAUUAUUAAAUCGUAACAUUGAAAAUGUACGUUCUGGUAUGAUAACACAGUUAAAUAAGUCUAAAACACCGGGUAAAAAGGCGAAGAAAAAGGAUAAAAAGAAAAAACAUCAAAAAAUGAAUGAAAGCGAUUGUGAAAAUCGUGAAAAUUCAUACCAUGAAAAUGUUAAUAUGGAUACUUAUCGUAUCCCAGACAAAAUUGAUUCUGAAGAAAACAUUUUUUCUAGAAUAGCAGCGGGUGACCAUCUAAGUCAAACUGACUUGUCACGUCGUCGUAUUUGUUCAGAUCGUGUUGAAUCUGUUAAACCCCUUGAAUCUACUCGAGUCAUUUCUGAUCGUAUUGAAUCUUCUAGACCUUUUGAAUCAUCUCGACCUUAUGAAACUUCUCGACCAUUAUCAACAAAUCGCAUCGAAGAAGACUACAAUCGAUUGGUUAAGUCAUCAAGACCAAACUAUGUUCCAGAGUCGAAUGUAAGGAUAUCAUCAUUACCUGAACCUGACACACGAUUAUCACAAUUGAUACAAAGUCGAAAACAACGGCAAUCAUCAAAAUCAGCCACUGAAAUGGAGUUUCAAGUUAAUAAUAACGAAUAUAACCCAAGUGAUUAUAAAUCUACGAGUUUACCCACAAAAGAUUAUUCUUCCAAACCAUCGCCACCUGUUUCGAGACCUGUAAUUCCUACGCCAUGUGAAAAUCCUGAAGUUCCACUAUUAGAAGUGACCGAUGUAACAGACGAAUCACUAAAUACACAAAAUACAAUUACAAAACCACCAAAACCGGUGCAACUUUACGAUCAUAAAACUCGAUUUACUCAACAAUACAUUCCAAAAUCUGAUAUAGUACGAAAAACAUUCGCUGAUAAGGGUGUUGUAUUUCCUUCGGAAGAGGAAAAAUUAGCUCUAUGUCGAUUAGAACGACAGCGUCAAUUUGAAGCUAAACGACGUGGUCGUGAAGCGUUGGAAAGAGAACGUAUUAAACGUGAUCACGAUCAAUUAUUAUCGGAAUUAGCAAAUAUUCGAAAAGGGGAGCAAAUUGUAAAUACGUAUACGAGAAAUAAAGAUGGCCAUUUGUCCGAAGCUCGUUUACGAGAUAAAAAUACAAAGCAUCAAUUGAAUAUUGAAGCUGCAUUUGAAAGUAUUUAUAAACCACCUGAAGCACAAUUAAUUACAACUGAACCUGUGCGGCAACCACCAACGAAGAUAAAAUUUAUUAAUUUACCUGAAUCACCGGAAGAAGUUAAUGUAAAUGUUGGGAAAUGGGAAACAAUUGGUCCAAGUACUAGUCGUCAACCUAAAGUAGAUACAACAGUAUGGGGAGAUUCAACGUCUCAAGUUGGUACCGAUCGCCUAACUGGGGGAGAAACAGACACUCUACGUAAUUUACUUGAACGAGUUUCUACGCAACGUAAAUUAUUAAGAAGAGAAUUAGCUAAUUUUCAAAGCUCAGCAACUGUACCUGAAUCUAAAAGUGUAAGUGUGCAAUCCGAAGAAACCAAAACUUCCAACAAACCAAAAAGAAAAAUUAUUAAAAAAUCUAGUGAAUCAAUUCGUAGUUCCUUAAAAACAAAACCGACAGAAGUUUCUACGAAAGCAAAGAAAAGUGAAAGUCGUGAGUCCACUAAAAGUCGUACAUCAGGAUCGGAACAGUCAACGCGAAUUUCAAGUGAGCAUUCAGAUAAAAAUGAAGAAUCGAAUCAAACUUUAGAUAAAAUACCAACGAAACAAUCAACAGAAGAACUUAUAGCGGAAAAAGAGAAAAUAAUUGAUUUAAGAGCCGCUGCAGGAGGAUCUGCAACCGCGCUACAAAAUUUACCAAGUGAAAUAAAAAUUUUAGUACAAAAAGAUUCUGAGAAACCUGUUAAUAUAAAAUUACCCGAUUCCAAAAAUAAUAUGAAAACUGGUGACGAUGUGGGAAGUGGAAUUCAAAUAAUAAUUAAAUUAAAUGAUAAUCAAAGUGCUCCAAUUACGACGGACAUCGAACAAAUUACAAGUGGAACAAACACUCAAAGUGUUCCUACUAAAAUUGCUGCUACUUCACCAGAAAUUAAAUGGGUUUCAGCUCUUGAGAAAAAACCUGAGAUGAAAGAAAGUUCGACUAGCACCUCCUAUUUUAGUCCACCGGUUUUAUUUUCAGUGGCCAGAGAGGAUAAAUUUCCAUCAAAUAAGAAAAAAAUUGCUUCAAGGGAGAAAAUUCCUGAACAUCCAAUACCUCCACAACCUAAAAUUCGUACUACAGGAUUUCGAACUUCAGAUAUUUCGACACCAAAUCAAAAAUUGGAUGAUAAAACGAAAGAGUUAAUCCAAAAAUUACUAACAAUGUCCAGAGGUAGCAUCGAUCGAUUGGAAGUAAGUUCAAGUGAUGUAUGUACCCCGGACUUAAAAGUUAUACAAACUCGAGAGAAUUUAGAAAAUUUCCUUUCCGAUGCCGAUGAAACACUUCUAAAUGAACUUUUCCAAAUGACUGGAAACAGUUCAGAAUUAAAAACUGAAUCCGAACGAAGUAAAUCAUCCACCUUGGAAUCAAUAGCAUCCCCAGAACCAUUACUUCAAGAAGGAUAUACUGAAGUGAUGAAAUUCUGUACGCAAAGAAUUGGUAAAUUAACAGAAUUGAUCGAUCAAAUUCGAAAAGAACAGAUUAAUCCAUUUUCAUAUAACCCAGAAACCACAGCUCAAACCUCAUAUUUACGACUUCCAUCGUCCCCGGAUCCUUCGACAAAAGAACAAUCUGGAGAGAAACAAGUAAGUUCUUUUAAAGAUAUUCUAGGCGUGAAACCUGUGCAAUCGAAUAUACAAUCAAGUACCGAAGGCUUAUUGAACGAAAGCUAUUUUGGAAUUCAACUCCGGCAUCCAUUACAACAAACGAACUUACAAAUGUUUCAAAGUCAAAGUUCAUAUGAAACUAAAAAGGAUUGUGAAGAUGAAGAAAAUGGUUAUCCUACCCAAAGUAGCAGUAAUUCUCGCGAACAGCAUGAAUCAAGUGCAACUACUAGCAGUUCUUCUGGCAUGGAAAAUGGAAGAAAAGUGGUUAAGAAACCCUUACCAACAGUGGUUCAAUGUUCUCAGAAGUACAACGUGGAUAUUGCCGGUGCUCCAGCUAAAGAACUAUCAACAAUUUUGGAAGACACAUCUCGAAAUGUUGAAACAUUGGCGCAAAAUUUACAAGCAACAAAAAUUGAUGAUCAAGAAGAACAUAAGACGUCAUCAUCUUCAGAAACAUCUGAGGAACAACAUGUAAGUAUCGAUCCACAAUCUGCUUCGUACUUAAACCAAUUUCACUCAAUACCCGAUGUCUCACAAAGUACUUCUUCUAAAGUUUUUAUGGAAUUAAGUAGUACUAAUAAUGUGUUGCAAAGUUUGGAUUCGAAAUUAGGUGUUUCUCAAAUAAGCAAUAAUUCAUCUUCAUCGGAUAGUUUAGAUGAAGCGUUAAAACAAUUGGGUUUGGGAUGGGCGAUCACCACUUUACGUAAGACCCAACAAACAAUGCAAUUAAGUUCAUCAAGUUCAUCGAAUUCAUCGAAAAAUGUAAGUAAACGUAAACCUAAUUUAUCUGAUACGAACGUAAGCUUAAAAGAUUUAUUACGACAACAGCAUAAACGGCAAUUAUUACAAACGACAAUUGAAUCGAGUUCAACAUCAAUUGAAAGUUUUGAAAUUUCACCAACGAUUAAAAAAUUACUCGAAUAUUUACCAUCAACAUCAAAAUUGCCAGAACAAAUUCUAAAAGAAUUCAAUAAACCGGAUGAACCUGGUGGUCGAACAUCGACACCAGUGAAUUUGAAACGAAAUUCUGUACCUGAUUUUAUUAUGAAUCAAUCGGAUGAUAUUUCGCUGAUAAAAAAACCAAAUAGUUUGGAUAGUUUUUUGAGUUUAACAAUGCCAGAUUGCUCUUUGGAUGUUAGUAAAACAAUGCAACGAAGUGUUAGCAGUUGA